CCCGAAGUCGUCCGCCCGCUUUCGGAUUCAUUGUAUCCUCUCUCUCGAUCCCAAACUCUCACUGGCAAAAGUAGCAGCAAGAAAGCAUGGCUUAUUUCGGACCCGAGACUACGGGUGAUGCUGUCGUCAGCUGCUUCCCCGAACAGGUCAAGGGAAAGACAUUUCUCAUCAACGGAUGUGUUCCAGGGGGCCUUGGCUCCCAAAUCGCCGUGUCUCUCGCCAAAGCCGGCCCUGCGAGACUUUGGUUACUUGCACACGCUGGUGACGCGGACCAGUUGCAGACCGUCAUGACGGAGAUUGGUGAUUUGGACGCCAGCAUCCAAGUCACGAUGACCUUGAUGGACCCGGCCAAGCUUGGCAGCGUUUCUGCAGCGGCGCAGGAGAUUCUGGGAGAUGCGAAAAGCACCCCCCACAUAGACGCCUUGUUCAAUAUCCAGACGGGAAUGCCUCGCCCCGACUACUGCAAGACGGAGGACGGACAGGAAUACCUUUGGCAAGUCAAUUUUCUGAGCCAGUUCCUGCUGACCACCCAAAUCCUGGACAAGGUUCUGUCGGCCGGCGGAAGGGUCAUCAACACGUCGAGCAGCGCCAACAAGAUAUCCGGAGUCCGCUUCCACGACGUCCAAUUUGAGGAACCUGACUCGUACGACCAGUGGACGGCAUACGGACAGAGCAAGACGGCGGCAAUCCUCUUCACCGCCGCCCUCAACGCGCGGCACGCUUCGGCCGCCUUUGGAGGGCCGCACGGGUUCAGGUCGUACGCGGUCCACCCAGGAGGAGUCAAGACGAAGCUGCAGGAGCAGCUGAGCGAGGAGACGCUCAGCAAGGCUUUCGAGGCGACCCGGCGGCGAUUCGGGGAAGAGACGGCCAAGGACUUUUUCCGGUGGAAGACGUUGGCCGCAGCCAGCUCCACCCCUCUGCGGGCGGCGCUGGACAGGUCACUUGCGAGUCGGGCGGGCAUGUGGCUCGAAGAUGGGGAUCUGCAUGAGCACUCCAUUCACUUGGAUCCGCGGGCUACCGACAUUGAGGAUGCCGGGCGGCUGUGGAAGUUGGCCGAGACGUUGAUUGCAGAGAGGCUCAAGGGGAUCUGAGUCGUAUUUUUCGUACUUGCGAGUCAGGAAAAAGGGUCUCGGCCUGUUUUCUUUUACAAAACAAACUUUUGUGAAUACCUGUACAUCGUAUAACAUGCAAAAGCUUUUCCUGUGAUGUACGG